GCACGCGGAAGUGCGAGCGUGGUGGGAUGACGCACGGCCGGCAGUCACAAGCGUGUGGCUGCCUCCUACCCGCCCUGCUGACCACGCGCUCGAAGGCAAGCCGCGGAGGCGGCGCUGCGACGAGUCGUCUUUCUCCCACGUGUGCUGGCUUCUCCCCCUGCGUCCAUGGGGGCGAGGGGGCAGCGCGGCGGGCAGCAAGAGGACUUCUCUGCUUAAUCCCCGCCUUCCUUCUCUUCAGGGCCUCACGUGGGGCGAGGGAGGGCGAGGGGCAGCGCGCGCAGCAUCAAGGGGCGUCCCUCUGGUUUACCCCCCCCCUUCUAUUCCCUUCAGCAUGGCGGGCAGCGUGGAGACGACACGGCGGCUGCCACUGACGGAGGAGGGCGAUGGGGCAGGCGCGCGCGCAUCAAGAGGCGUCCCUCUGGUUAACCCCCCCCCUUCCAUUCCCUUCAGCAUGGCGGGCGUGGAGACGACACGGCGGGCGGCACGGACGGAGGUCGACUCAUGGGCGAGGAGGGCGAGGGGGGCAGCGCGGGGCAGCAAGAGGCUUCUAUCUAAUCUCCCCCUUCCAUUUCCCUUCAGCAUGGCGGGUAGCGCGGAGGUCCUACACGGCGGGCGGCACAGCGGGCGGCACAAGGACAGAGCUGGCAGGGUCCAAGACCCGAAGACCGCCCCCGACUGCGGCAUAGGUUUUGUGCGGCAGGGGUGGCUGACGGCAUUGGGUCGGACGCGGCCCGCGCCUGAAGCGCCCCUGUGUGUGAGUGAGUGCUCUGACGAGGGAUGGGGGGACACUCCCUGA